AUGCAAAAUUCGAUUCGGUUACAGUUAAUUUUUAUGCCUGUUGUAGCAGCAUCAGAUAAUUUAAUAAACGAAUUAGUUGAUCAUCAGCAACAUCAUCAUCAUUCUGAUAAUUUAUCAUGUGAAACUAUUUACAAUAAUGACACGUUUAAUAAUAAUAAUACAACUGAUGUUUCUUCAGAUCCAAUCGAUGAUAAUCAUAACUUAUUAUCUUAUUUAUCAUCAUCAUCCACAACAACAACAACAACACAAUUAUGUUUACCAAUUGGUACUCCUUAUAAAACAUCCAAUAUUAUAAUGGAUGCCAUUAGAAAUACAUGUGAACAUUCUAUUCCGCCAAAUGAAACUCUAUCUAUUAUACCAAGUCAACAAUUACAAAAAAAGUUUUAUAACCCCGGCUAA